UUCAGUUUCAAUCAAAGGUUUAAUAAUUACACAAGUAACAAUUUGAAGCAUAUUUGAAGAAUGGCAAAAAUAAUGAUAAUACUCGCAGUAUGCGUCGCCUUGGCAAUGGCGCAUCCAGGCGAUUAUGGUGGUCGUGGCGGAAUUGGUGGCGGUCAAGGUGGUUACGCUAGUCUAGGCGGACACGUUGGCCACGGUGGUGGUGGUGGUUACGGUGGACAAAGCGGUGGUGGUUAUGGUGUCGGUCUAGGCGGACAUGGUGGUGGUGGUGGUUAUGGUGGCAGUCUAGGCGGACAUGGUGGACAUGGUGGUGGUGGCAGUAGUGGUGGAUACGGUGGUAGCGGCCAUGGUGGAGGUGGAUAUGGUGGCGGUGGCUACUAAAACUUUUUAAGGCGAUCAAUUAGUUGUCGUAUGUAUUAAAAGUAUUCAUAAUGAAAAAAUAAAAACAGUUAAAAAAGAA